AUGGAUAAGCAGCGGUCAGAAACAAAAAGGUUGAAUCACGAGUGUAGAUCUGGAAAACCCGCUCUAGUUUCAAAACUCUAUCUUGAAGAUGAUGCUUCUGAGUUGUACACUCGUUCACUUAUUUAUAAAGUGCAGGAAGAGAUCUUGGCAGCUCGUGAUGACAUGCGAAUUCAAAGUAUCGGGCCAGAAACAAAUGGCAUUUUAACUUAUGAAAUGAAGGAUGUUAAAAUGAAAGAUGUUCUGUUUCAGGUAAAAGUCAAUAAGAGCCAUGCUAAUUGCUCUUGUAAGAAGUUUCUUCUGUGCGGCCUUUUAUGUAGGCACGCAUUCUAUGCACUUAAUCACUUUGAAGUGGUGAAGAUACCUAGGCGGCUUGUUCUUAAUCGCUGGAUGAAGAAUGCUGAAAAUAAGGCUAUGUUGAAAAUGUUUGGAAAUGACCUUGAUAAACUCAAGCAGGUUAAUAAGUCAAUCCAAGGCUUAGAUUCUGAACUUGGUGAUGCGAGUGGUGGAUUUACAAAGCAAGAUUUUAUGGCGAACUUGAUAGGCAAAAGGCCUACUGGAGACAUUAGUAUCCAGCCUCCAUUGCAAUGUAAAAACAAAGGUUUUGGUUUGAAAAGGAUUGUUGGUGAAAGGGAGAAAGCAAUAAAUCAAGUCAAGAAAAAGGCCAGGAAGUGCAAAUUAUGCUCCUCAACUUUCCAUGACCAAAGGACAUACUCUACCAAGAAGAAAGUUGCAUAA